AUGACGCUUGGCGCGCGGGCCGCUCUCCUUACAGAGGUCGCUCUUGUCCGAACGGUCGGCCUGUGCUGCGCCUGCGUGCUCGGGAGGGGAAGUGAGGCGGUUUCCUCGGCGCCUUUUCCGGUGGCGGCGGCGGCAGAGCUGGGAGGAGGCGGUGGAGGCCGGAGGGAGCCCGCGCUCGGGGCGGCGGCUGGAGGCGCCGGAGCCUCGCUGCCUCGGGUGGCCUGGGUCGGUGGUGAGCCCGGCGUUCGCGGACCGGCGGGCGGGCCACAGGGUCGCAGUCUCCCGCGGCUGAGUGAGGAGAAGGCGGAGGAGCGGGAAUCGCAGCGGCGCUCGCGCGGCGCUCGCGGGGGGAAGGGCAGUUCCGGGCCGGGCCGCGCCUCGCCUCAGCAGGGCGGCGGCUCUCCCGGCGUAGACUCAGGGCCCCGGCGGCAGCGGCGACUGGAGAAAUCAAGUUGUGUGGUCGGUGAUGCCCGAGUGAGCGGUGGGCCCGGGCCUCUGUCCCGAGGAGGCAACUCCCACGCAGGCCUCACGGGCGCCCUCGCGGCUGGGAGGCUUCGUUUCGGUUUCGCGGCGGCGGCGUUGUUGGCAGAGGGGACUUGGGACACCUGA